CGCAGGCUCGACUUCCGCCCCGAACUGUUUGGGGCUUUGGCUGAGCGGUGGGCCGCGGCGCGCCGCCAUGGUGCUGUUGGAGAGCGAGCAGUUCCUGACGGAGCUGACCAGGCUGUUCCAGAAGUGCCGCCCGCUGGGCAGCGUGUUCAUCACCUUGAAGAAGUAUGAUGGCCGAACAAAACCCAUUCCAAGGAAGGGUUCUGUGGAGGGUCUUGAGCCUGCAGAAAACAAGUGUCUGUUGAGAGCUACCGAUGGGAAGAAGAAGAUCAGCACUGUGGUGAGCUCCAAAGAAGUGAAUAAAUUUCAGAUGGCUUACUCAAACCUGCUCAGAGCUAACAUGGAUGGGCUGAAGAAGAGAGACAAGAAGAACAAGAAUAAGAAGGCCAAGACAGCCCAGUGAAGGCCACCUGACUCCACCAUUACCAGAGAACUACAGAACUGCUAUUUCUCCUUUUUCCCCACAAAGUUACGUUUCUCAUUCCUCCACUGCAGCUGUUGUCCUGGGAGAAAGGCUGGGAUGUUUUUAGGUGGGAAGCCAGUGUAUUUGGGAUCUGCACUGCAUGGGUGUGUAUUCCUGUGAAAUUUCUCUGUGAAGAGCAAUGUAUCAUUAAACCUGUUUAGUACUGAU